UAACACGCCAAGGUCCCACCAAUGGGUGUUAGUGCGAUCCCAAUGUGACUUGGCAGAGUCGGGAGAAGAACGGAGCUCGAGUCCCGGGGGAACUUUGGUUGAAUGCGCUCUGUUUCCCGGCUUUCGUCGGCAUUGUUCUCGCGGUGUGGAUAGCCGAGCCGUUCAACAGUUCCCGGUGCGUAAUUACGCACGGAGUUGAAGGCGCGGCGUUGUUGGCUGAGGAAAGCCGCGGACAAAGGGAGACAGGCUUGGACUACAACUGAUUGGAGAAGAGAGGAGUCCUGCUGGAAGAAAAACGGGGAGUCGGAAGUGAUUUUUCCCUCCACCGAAAAAUAUUUAGCGGCGAGUUCUGCUGAAAAAAAAAAAGAGUUCGAGGACUGAGGUUGGGCAAUCGACGUUUUUUUUUUUCGGUGGAAAGGCUUUCGGCAUUCCGCUCUCAUUUUGGGAUCCUCCUAGCAUGGGGGAGCAGCCCAUCUUCAGCGCCCGAGCUCACGUUUUCCAGAUCGACCCGGCUACCAAACGCAACUGGCUGCCGGCCAGCAAGCAUGCUGUCACUGUGUCCUUCUUCUAUGACGCCACCCGUAAUGUCUACCGCAUCAUCAGUGUGGGCGGAACUAAAGCUAUCAUUAAUAGCACCAUCACCCCGAACAUGACGUUCACCAAAACUUCCCAGAAGUUUGGCCAGUGGGCUGACAGCCGUGCCAACACAGUUUAUGGCCUUGGGUUCUCCACAGAGCAACAACUGCAGCAGUUUGCAGAACAAUUUAAGGAGGUGAAGGAGGCAGCCCGGCUGGCCAGAGAGAAAUCCCAGGAGCGGUACGAACUGGCCAAUCCUGCCCUCAACAUCGCUGCCCCACAGGAGCUGUCGGAGGACCGUCAUUCUCCACCACUGCUAACAGUUAACGGUCCAGGAGAGGAAAAGCUGUUUCGCAGUAAAAGUGCAGAAGUGGAGCUUACAGUGGAGAAGGAAAGGGUCAAGAAGAUGUUAUCUGAAGGGUCUGUGUGUGAAAUCAACCUAGAGGCAGAGCUCUUCACCUUACAGGACAGUAACGCCAAGCUGGUGGCAGCACUACAGGAAGCCAACGGCAGCGUGGAGCAAUGGAAGCAGCAGUUGGCUGAAUACCAGGAGGAGACUGAUCGCCUUAGAGAGCAGGUGGCAGAGUUGGAGGCGCAGCUUGGCCAUCCUGCUGCUGCUGCUCACACUGAUAAAGAGGAGCUUAGCCGCUCACUGGAGGAGCUGGAAGCCCUGCUUAGUGCCAAAGACCAGGAGAUCCACAGUCUACAGAGCAAGAAAACUGAUGUGGGUGAGUUGGAGAGGGAGAGAGAAGAGGCCAUACAGAGACUCCAAGACCUUGAGAGACGAAACACGGAGCUGGAAUGUCAAAUUGACAGCACUGAAAAGACGCUGGCCUCCAGCAGAGAGGAACAGGAGAAGGCAGAAGUGGAGGUCCGGCAUUUCCUCGAGGCCCUCGAUGUCAAAAUUUGCGAUCUGAAUGACUUGAGACAAAGUCUGGCAAACCUUGUCGAUAAGUAGUCCCAACUGCAGGCGGGGGUGGAUCUCCACAGUCAAGGCACAUUUUCUCUACUCUGAUCUCGUUUGGAUUUUACAGACACCACAGUUUAGAUCUUUGUGAGUACGAGAAAGACGAAAACCUCUCAUUGGUGCAUUACGCAAAAUAAAGUAUCUGUCCUGAAUAUUACAACA